GAUGAGUUACUACUAUCGUUACUAAAAUGUUAUUCCGAUGGGAACUAGGUAUGCAACCAACUUUACAAGCACUCGUAUUAGAGGUUGCAGUUGAUAGACGAUAAAGUUGGUAAUAUCUGGUAGAUUAGAGUCUAGCAGUUGGCAAUGACGAUAUCCGGCAGGGGUGUAUGUCAUAUCGGCCAUAGCGGCUGGCACUUCACUUGAAUUUUCGUUCUUGUCCGAUCAAGAAGUCCUCCGGUGGCCAUUGUAAGAAUUUACCUUUUGGUUGAAAUAAGUUAUAAGAAGAUUAAUUUACGUUGGAGGAAGUUUUUAUUUUUUUGUUUGGGGUUGUGAAGAGUUUUUGGUUCCAAUAUUUUUUGAAGAAAACAAUGGCCACUGGAGGGAGACUAUAACAAAAUUUAAGUCACAUUUGGAUGCUUCAUUUAUUUAUGGAAUAAACCAUCAUUUUGGUAUUAUUUUGGGUUUGGAUUGGAAGAGUUUUGGAUGUUUUUUUUUUCGUUUCUGGAAUAGACACUGAGUUCUACCGACACUAGCAAGUACCUCCUCGUCAAUACUCUGUGUUGCUGUUCCUUACCUCCCGAGGAUUGGGAAGAUCGGAGGAUACGUACCUGGCUCUCUCAUCAUCAACCUCACCAGGAUUUUGGAGAAGCCACAGGCCUACUUUUGUAGAAACGCCAGGUUUUUAUAAUAAAAUUUGAAUUUUCAAUCCUUUUAAAUAAUAGUUUUCAAUUUUCAAUUUUUUUUCAAUAACUCAAAUACAUAACCUUAAUAAUAAUAUAAAUUCACCUUCUUAAACCCUAUUAUCUUUAUAAUAUUCAAUAAUUUUUUUUUGUCAACGAAUUUUAUAUUUCAUUUUCAUGAUUGUAUCAGGUAUUUAAAAUAAUACCUAUUUAUUUCCUACUCAAUAAUAUUUAUUCCAUUCACCAGAUAUUGUCAGGUUGUCACUUCCGAUCAGAUACGGGAUUGUCAGCCAAUCUUGUAUUCUACAGUAAUAAUUAGUUUGUACAUGCAUAUUUAGAUCAAAUCACUUCCUUAGUAGAAUAAAUUCAUUACAUAUUGUUAUAAAUCACCUAGCAUAGGUGUAAGUAGAUGGAGUAAGUCAGACUAAUAAGGAAUCUGACAGAUAUAUUUGUCAAUUUAGAAGUUUUGUCAUAAUAAUUGUUUUUGUCACGUUUGAAUUUUGGAGGACUUAUUUUUGUACUUUAGUUUAUUAGGAAUUUUAAUAAACUUGUUAAAACAGAGUAACAAUUCUCUUAAUCCCUGAACCCAUCUAGAAUUGCAACAAUUGGUGUCAGAAGUAAAGUGGGAUUAAGAGAAUUUAUAUGGUGAAAACAAGAAGCGAGACGAUGGAAGAAAUUAGAGACAUGAUUGCCGCCAUGGAAAAACGUCGGCAGGAAGAAAAAGAAAAUGAAGACAAACGUCGGCAGGAAGAAAAAGAAACAGAAAAUUUACGUCGUCUAGAAGACAGAGAGUUGCUCGUGACACUUAUCUCAAAAAUAGAGACUUCAAAAGUGAGUACAGAAGAUAUGAAAAAAGAAAUCGAAGAGACAAAAGAAUAUAUGAAAAAAGAAAUCGCAGAGACAAAAGAAGAUAUGAAAAAAGAAAUCGAAGAGACAAAAGAAGACAUGAUUAAAAAGAUUGAAGUAACAAGAGGCCUAGUAGAAAAAACGCACGAUGAGGUAACGAGAACUCUUGAGAAUAUCCGCCUAGAGGUUGAAAAGUCCCAGAAACUGAGAGUUGAAGGUAAACCAGAAGUGAUUUGUUCCCCUGUCAACGGAAUAAUUAAGCCUCCUACAUUUGACGGCGAGAUAUCCUGGCCAGUGUAUAGAAGACAAUUCGAAGCUGCUGCACAGAAUAAUGGAUGGACAAAUGAACAGAAGGCAACUGCUCUCAUAUUAGCACUUCGAGGUAAGGCUGUAGAAAUCCUCCAAAACAUUCCAGAGGACGCACAAAAGAAAUAUGAGACUGUCGUAUCGGCUCUAGAACUAAGAUACGGCAGCCAAUAUUUGAAGCAAGUAUACCAGAGCCAACUAAAAGUGCGUAUCCAAGGCUCCAACGAAUCUGUGCAAGAAUACGGAGCAGAAGUAGAAAAGAUGGCACGACUCGCUUGGCCCGAAGCCCCUGAAGAGUUUCUACACCAGUUUACCAUCCAAUGUUUCCUUGAUGGCCUGCGAGAUGUAGACCUCCAUCAAACAUUACGACUAGGAAGAGGACGCUACCAAAUAUUGAAGGACGCUAUUGUCGCAGCAUUGGAGUACGAAGCCGUGAAGAAUGUGUCCCGCCAUCAACGCAAAGUCCAUCAAAUAAGAGGUGUUGCUGAAGUGGAAGAAGGCGAUCUAAAUACGUUGUCCCAGGUGUUGGUCGCCCAAUUCGAGAAAUAUCUUGGCCCAAUAGCUGAAUCUUUGAAGCAAAAACGUCAGGGGCGCCCAAAGUGUUAUUUUUGUGGAUUGAUAGGCCACCUGCAACGUGAUUGCAGACAACGUACAAGAUCAGAGGACAGUAGGCAAGCUCCACAAUAUCAACGCAAUUCGGAAAACUAAAAGAAGUCAACGUCAAG